AUGAAUCCGAGCGACAUUGUUAACGGGCAGUUUGCUGCGGUGCCAGCUAUCACGAGCGCCUCGAGCCCUAACAACGUCGCCCAAUGGCUCGUCGGUAUGGACGAUAUCUUUACGCGGGUGGCCACGGGGGGCUUGAGCUCGCUGCCUCCGAAUGGCCUCGCCGCCAUGGAUACCAUGGAGACCGAUAUCGCGACGACGCCAGCCCUACUCAACAACGCGCUCGUGCUGAAGCGCUUGCUGCACGUGCUACCGUCUCUCUGGAACAUUGGCUUUUGGUAUCGCCCGGUGACCGAGUGGAAGUCGAGCUUUGGAUGUAUUUUCAACCAGGCUGUUGCCACCGCCAAGAUUGCGAGCGACACUAGCUGCUACGACGCUGCUGUUAACGCCACCGCGCUGAUGAUUCGCUUCACGAAGGACCAGGUCUUCUGGGACGGCGAAGACCACGGCGACGCUGUGCAGCUGCAAGGCCAGAACAAAGACUACUUGGCAUACCUGCCCGAGCUUGUGGAGUGCUUGUCGAAGCAAGAGCACUUCCCCGUCAGUGAGGCGCAGCUUCGCAAGUUCAUGGCAACCAAGAUGCCGUCCAAGACCGAGGGCAUGAACACGGCCGUAGCGUUCCCGGUGUACGUUGACACGAGCAUCUACAGAGCCUCGGACGCCGCCGCGCUGAAGGACUUUGUCUGUAGCUAG